AUGAAGGGCGACGUAGAAUCGAUCGGAUCGCAUUGUCAGUUGGCAUAUUGCCAUGUCCUGGAUUUCCUACCGUUCCGCUGCGAAUCUUGUAAAGGAACAUUCUGCCUUGACCACAGAUCUGAGAUUGCGCACAAGUGUCCCAAAGAAGGAGAGUGGGCAAGGAAACGCGCCGGGCGAGACAUCGCAGGCACACCGACUCCCGCGAAACCGUCCCUCUACGAGCAUGACCAACAAUGUUACGACACGUCCUGCAAAACGCUCAUAAACACCUCGCGGAUGCCCGCCAACCUCUGCUCAACGUGCCGAAGAUCGUAUUGUUUGAAACAUCGCAUGCCGGAGGACCACGAUUGCAAGAACGUAAAACCUCCUGGUCUGGCAGGGCGUCAGAACAUCAUACAGCAACAAGCCGAUCGUGUACUCUCGCCUCUUGCCAAAGUGAAGAGAUGGGCGGAGAAGAAGCGACAAGAGGAAGAGGACGCGAAGAAAAAGAAGAAGAAAGGCUUCAGCAUAUUCGGGAGUCAGACGGCGAAAUCGGAUAAUACCGCCAAGUUAAACGAAGUAAAAAGGACUGCUAAAGGUGAUGCAUCAGUGCCGCAAGACAAACGAGUGUACUUGUUCGUGGAGGCAUCGGCAGACACCACCAAGGCGAAGUUCCCAACUGGCAAGUUCUACUACAACAAAGAUUGGACGGUCGGUCGGGUCCUAGACAUGGCAGCCAAGGCAUUACAAGUCCAGAACGUGAACAACCGCGGCGGUGGUGAAGAGGACAAGCUGCGCGUGUUCCACGUUGAAAGCGGACGACUGCUCAAAUUCAGCGAAAAGAUCGGGGAUCCGUGUAUUUCAGGAAACAUGAUCAUUCUUCUCCGGGGCGUAGGGUCUGGAGAACCGGAUCUCAUAGACUUGUGA